GAAGUAGCUGGACAUCCAAGUAUUAGUUCUUCCCUCAGUGCCGUCCCCCCGCCCCCGAGUGAAUCCUUAAUUGCUAAUGAACGUAAUUAAUUUCAAUUGUUAUCGUAGCAAGAUCCCAUUCAUAGGUGUAUCUCCCAGUUUAGUGGUGUCCCCUGGAACAGCCAGUGUCUCUUGUCAGGGGAGGAUAGGUAGAAGGCACAGCGGGCGCCUGAUUGAGCCAGUUGUUCAUUUGCUGAGUGUUUGUGUUUAUGCAAAGGGGCCUCUUCCUGCAUAUUUAAUCUAGAGUAAGGCAGUGGCUUUGUUGUGUUUAGCCUACAUACCUUCAGUCCUUCCUCACCCUGCCGCCAGCCUGGGAACCCUGAGAGCCUGCAGGACCUGGCUUCCCACUGCCUGUAGUGUCCCUUACAAACUCUUGAACUUUGUUCUGUCUAGUGAGAGACCUGCCUCUCCUGCCCCAAAGCUCUGCUGCCUCACCAUGAAUGGGGUGAGACUUGACCUUUGGAGGUGACUAUAACUGAAGAUUGAAUUACUGAAGCCAAAAAAAAUAAAUAAAUAAAAGGUUUUUGAGUCAUGAUGCAAGAAUCUGGGUCCGAGACAAAGAGUAACGGAUCAACCAUCCAGAACGGGUCCAGCGGUGGCAACCACUUACUAGAGUGCGGGACACUUCGUGACACUCGGUCCAACGGAGAGGCACCAGCGGUGGACCUGGGAGCAGCCGACCUUGCCCACGUCCAGCAGCAGCAGCAGCAGGCCCUGCAGGUGGCAAGGCAGCUCCUCCUUCAACAGCAGCAGCAACAGCAGCAGCAGCAGCAGCAACAGCAGCAGCAGCAGCAACAGCAGCAACAGCAGCAGCAGCAGCAGCAGCAGCAACAACAGCAACAACAGCAACAACAGCAGCAAGUUAGUGGAUUAAAGUCUCCCAAGAGGAAUGACAAGCAACCAGCUCUUCAGGUUCCCGUGUCAGUGGCUAUGAUGACACCUCAGGUUAUCACUCCUCAACAAAUGCAGCAGAUCCUCCAGCAGCAAGUGCUGAGCCCACAGCAGCUCCAGGUUCUCCUCCAGCAACAGCAGGCCCUCAUGCUUCAACAGCAGCAGCUUCAAGAAUUUUACAAGAAACAACAGGAACAGUUGCAGCUUCAACUCCUCCAACAGCAACAUGCUGGAAAACAGCCGAAAGAGCAGCAGCAGCAGCAGGUGGCUACCCAGCAGUUGGCUUUCCAGCAGCAGCUUCUUCAGAUGCAGCAGCUGCAGCAGCAGCACCUCUUGUCUCUCCAGCGGCAAGGCCUUCUAACAAUUCAGCCCGGGCAGCCUGCCCUUCCCCUCCAACCUCUUGCUCAAGGCAUGAUUCCAACGGAACUGCAGCAGCUCUGGAAAGAAGUGACAAGUGCCCACACUGCAGAGGAAACCACAGGCAGCAACCACAGCAGCCUAGACCUGACCAGCACAUGCGUCUCGUCCUCGGCACCUUCCAAGACCUCCCUAAUCAUGAACCCGCACGCCUCUACCAAUGGACAGCUCUCGGUCCACACCCCCAAAAGGGAAAGCUUGUCCCACGAGGAGCACCCCCACAGCCACCCUCUCUACGGACAUGGUGUCUGCAAGUGGCCAGGCUGUGAAGCAGUUUGUGACGACUUCCCGGCCUUUCUAAAACAUCUCAACAGUGAGCAUGCGCUGGACGAUAGAAGCACAGCUCAAUGUAGAGUACAAAUGCAGGUUGUACAGCAGUUAGAGCUACAGCUUGCAAAAGACAAAGAGCGCCUGCAAGCCAUGAUGACCCACCUGCAUGUGAAGUCUACAGAACCCAAAGCUGCCCCUCAGCCCCUGAAUCUGGUAUCAAGUGUCACCCUCUCCAAGUCCGCCUCAGAGGCUUCUCCACAGAGCUUACCUCAUACUCCAACAACCCCAACCGCCCCCCUGACUCCCGUCACCCAAGGCCCCUCUGUCAUCACCACCACCAGCAUGCACACGGUGGGACCUAUCCGCAGGCGGUACUCAGACAAAUACAACGUGCCCAUUUCUUCAGCAGAUAUUGCGCAGAACCAAGAAUUUUAUAAGAACGCGGAAGUUAGACCACCAUUUACAUAUGCAUCUUUAAUUAGGCAGGCCAUUCUCGAAUCUCCAGAAAAGCAGCUAACACUAAACGAAAUCUAUAACUGGUUCACACGAAUGUUUGCUUACUUCCGACGCAAUGCAGCCACGUGGAAGAAUGCAGUGCGUCAUAAUCUUAGUCUCCACAAGUGUUUUGUGCGAGUAGAGAACGUUAAAGGGGCAGUAUGGACAGUGGAUGAAGUAGAGUUCCAAAAACGGAGGCCACAAAAGAUCAGUGGUAACCCUUCCCUUAUUAAAAACAUGCAGAGCGGCCACGCCUACUGCACACCUCUCAAUGCAGCUUUACAGGCUUCCAUGGCUGAGAACAGUAUACCUCUGUACACUACCGCCUCCAUGGGGAACCCCACGCUGGGCAGCCUGGCCAGCGCCAUCCGGGAGGAGCUGAACGGGGCCAUGGAGCACACCAACAGCAACGAGAGUGACAGCAGUCCAGGCAGAUCCCCUAUGCAAGCUGUGCACCCCAUACACGUCAAGGAGGAACCCCUCGACCCCGAGGAAGCUGAAGGGCCUCUGUCCUUAGUGACAACAGCCAACCACAGUCCAGAUUUUGACCACGACAGAGAUUACGAAGACGAACCGGUAAACGAGGACAUGGAGUGAACCCUUGGGCGGGCCGACCCCCGAGACCGAAGAUUGGGAAAGAAGCAAAACAAAUUAAAAAAAAAUAAAAAGAAAGAAAAGUAAAAAGAAAAAAGAAACCACGUCAAAAGUUAGCAGUGAAAGCGUCCUCCGCUUCUUGUACAGUCUGGAGGAUUUUCACUACAUUUUGACAACUCUGAAAUGUGUUAACUCUUAGUGCCAUCAAGAAUCCCAUUUGGGAGUAUUUUUGAUUUUUCUACUUUUUGUUGACAAAAGGGAUUUGUACUCUGUGCAUUGGAUGGACCUGUUUGGUACUUGGGAUUUUCCUCUUUGAGUCAACAUCAGUGUUGUAAAUUCGAUAAACGGAUUCACUUUUAGCAGCAGACUUUGAACUGCAGUUUCGCCCGGCCGACGCCGGACACCGAGGACACCCGACUGAGCUCACGUACCUGCACUGCAGACCAAGCCUUCGCCCGAAUUCGAGACUCCAGUGGACGACCUAUUUGCACAGCACUGCAUGUUGAUUUCACUGCCUUUACUCACUUUGGUUGGUUUGUUUUUGUUUUCCGCUUCCAGUUGGGAUGGGGGAAGGCCUUUGUGUGUGUAUUGGGGGGAGGGGUUAAAAAUAAUUAUCCCAAACUUUUUAAUGUAUUGCUUUUUUUUUUCUUUUCUUUUUUUUGCUUCUUCUUUACCAUUUUAAGUUCUGACCUCAGGCCUCCAUUUGGGCCCAGGGCCUCUUGGAGGCUUCGUGUUUUCUGUACCUUGUGAUGAAUGUUAAUAGGCGUUUUUAUUAUACAAAGCUGAAUGCCGUUUUUCUCCUCGUCUGUAGUUCUCUGGCACUCAUUCCAUUUUUCCUAUAGACAUCGCCAUGUUUCUCUCAAGUUCAAAACAAAACAAAACAAAACAUUCCGUUUCGGUCUUUUUCCAUAAAAAAAAGAUCCCGAAGGCUGCACCUUACACCUGAAGGUCCCCCCAACACGGGGACAUGACGUCCUGCCAGACGUCCUGCCAGAAGGAGAAUGACAGAAAAGAAAAGAGAGAAACACACGCGCGCACACACUCUAGGGACAUAGCAGAUUCAUUUCACAAAAGCAGUAUUGGGGGUAGGACGGGGACUGUUGGAGAUUUUUCUUUUUAGUUUUUCAUAGCACCCGCCAUUGUGAGUAACCGCCACCACGUCAGGAAACACAGGCACGAAAGAAAACAGAAGAGAGUAAGCAAGUCCUUAAUACUUAGACUGUCGUGAUGGCCGUGGAAGGUUUCCCCUCCUAUCAUCAAGUGACCAGGACUGCAGGCCUUGGGUUACCCUUACCAGCAUAGGUUGCUUUGUUUGCAAAAAAUGACCAAAAAGCCAGCUUCGCUAAGCAACGUACACUCAGCAUGGUGACAGGGCUGAGUCUGCUUCGAUUCAGACCUGCUCGGUGGCAUUCAUCUGUUUUAAUGCAAAUGAGGCUUCACAUUGAACUUGUUAUGGGAGUUAAUGAGGACUGGGCUCAGCAGACGCUAAUGUGUCAGUUUCCAGUGUGCUAAGUCGGUACUGCAGCUCGGUCUGCAAUGUGAGCAUCACAGCCACCACCCCAGUAGCACAGACUUCACGGAAGAGGACACCAGGUAGACGGAGGCUCCCAGGACCAGGGCCCACAGAACGUGAUGGCUCUAGGUCAGUAUGGCCCUCAGCCCUUCGAACCCCUCCGCACCGUCUGCGCCCACUUCCCUGACGUUUAUUUAUCUGGGGACAUAGCUUUUGUUUGGGUUUAGUUUGAGAGCCUUUCGGAGCUUAAUUUAUAUACUUUGUACCUUUUAUUUCUAAAAUUACCAAAGAUAUUACGCAAAGGUAAAUUAUUUUCUUUUAUGCUUUAUCUGAUGAAGCCAAAUAUCCUCUAUUGUUGAUCAAAGGAGGCGAAAGGAUUCAGAGGCAAAUGUGAGGUCCGGGCUAUUUGCUAACCUGAGGGAAAUGACUGCCCAUCAGCAGAGUUCACUUAGCAGACUACGUAGGCAAUGGAACCAAAGGUUUUUCCUUUUUUUUUUUCUAGGUUAUUUUUUCUUCUUUUCCUUCUUUUCUCUAUCUGUAGAGAGACCAAAACUAACUCCUGGAAGGAGAAAAAUACGGGGCUACUGCAGAGAAAAGAAACCAAGACAACAGUAUUAUAGCUCCUACGGAAAGAAUGGGCUAUCAUCUCAAAGAGAGAGAAUUGAAUGUAUGAUGCUGAAACUUAGUAUAUAAUGGAGGAGACACUUAGGAUGAAUUCAGAGAGAACAGAGAAGUGUCUGGCUGCAUGAGACCACUUCUAGAAUAAAGAGAAUUUUAGAACGUUCAGAUGCCACUUUUGUUUAAGGGCUGUGCUCUGAUCGCUGCGUUAAUUUUGGUUUUAUCUUGGCUUUUAUCCUCUGGUUCCCUUCUGGUUUUUUUGUUGUUGGUUUUUUUUCCCCCCCAUUUCAAAUUAUGAUUUGGUCAGUGUUUUUCAUUUCCACACACAAGAAAAAGGUGGCAUUCCCAUCCACUCGUAAGCUUAGACUAGAACAUCUUUGGCAAUUACUCCUGAAGGUUUGCUGUGCUUUUAUAGAGGGGCAGUCUGUGGUUAUUCACGCCCCGCCCCGUCCCCCCUCUUUUCCAGGCAGCUUCAUGAUGUGCAGGCAGUAGCCAGGCAGGGUCAUUGGAAGGGGGCCCUGUGCUUCUAAACUGAGUGGUUGCUGGUUGGAUAUUCAAAAGAGGAUAAAAAUCUGGUAGAUUAGUUCAUUCUCAGCAUGUGUAGCUAGACACGAGUAAAGAUAGCGCAUGAGGACUGUUAGUACGCAUACCUCAGUUCAAACCUUUAGGGAAUGAGUAAAAAAAAAAUUAAAAAUAUACCUUUCACUCAGUCACACUUAGUCGUAUGUCUUGCAUGCUUAGUCUAAAGACUGUAGCAGAGAAUAAAUAAAAAAGAAGAAUUAGGUUUUAUGUAUCUUUGCAGGUGUCAUAGCCUCGAAGAAGAACCAACUGAAAAAAAAAAAAGAAAAAUUCUCAGGCUUUACAGCAAGCAAUCUUCACUCUGACUUUUACAGUUCUGAUUCUGUCCCUCGGGGGGAUUGUGGUCGCUUCUCUAGAAUGGGGUUGCUUCGGUUGUACAUAUAUCCCGAUGUGUCUGUGUGGGUCUUUGUCUUUUUGCGGGGGAGGGCUGAGGGGAGGGGUUUUUUUGUUUUGUUUUGUUUUAAUUAUUUUAUUUUUUAGGUAUUGUUCCUAAAAAGGAAUAAAUGCAUACACCUGUUUGUCAAAACAUCUUUGCUUUUUGUGCAACUGCAUUUUAUUAAUGAUACUUUUUUUUUAAAGAAAAAAAAAGGAAAAGAAAAUAGUAUCUUUGGGGGCAAAUCUACUGUAUGUAAUGGGUUUGCAGUCAGUGCUGAACAUGUGCUUUAUUUCACUGCCCCUGAUUUACAAACGCUGGAUGACACGUUGAUAUAUGGGAAGAAGGAAAAAACUCCACACUUCUCUCUCCCUCUCUCUGUCUCUCCCUCCCUCCCCCCACCCCCUUGCUUUUAAAUUGUAACAUAGUUGACAUAAUUUGUUUCUUUUCCUACCCUCAUUAUUUGGAACAUUUUGUACUUUGUACAGGUUCGUGGAGUGGGGUGAGAGAGAGAGAGAGAGAGAGUGUGUUACUCCGUUUUGAUACAUUCCUAUUUCUUGUGUUUAUCACACCACUGCCUCCUUGACUAUCUUAAACAAGUUCCUAAGUUUGAAAAGAGAAAAAAAAAAGUUGUUUAAAAAAAAAAUGUUCUCUCUUGCCGCAGUCAAUAUUUUUGCAUGAUGAAAUUCCAGGCUCACACUUUCAAAGUUUUAUCAGUAAAGUAGUGAUUAAUAAUGGGAAGUGUUGCAAAUAUGGAACUCUUUGUAUAAAAGUUUUUUUACAAGGUCCCAAGGUGUAAAGACAAUUUUGUUACUCUUUUCUUUCUUUUCUUAGCAAAUCUAAGCAAACGUGAGGGAGAUUGGACCUAUGUGUCAGACACAGUCAUGAUAAGGACCCACCCUCCAUGUUCUUAGGGUCUAUCCAUGUGAGAAGGCUUAGGGCCAUCAAAGGGUGAACUGUCUAGGCUUACGUGCAUGGCGACCCAGCUGCCAGUCCCUUCCCCACAUCAGAAGAUAGUUGACUUCAUAUUCUUAGCAUCUCUUCAGCCAUAAUAAAGCCUUGGUUUUUUUUUAAAAAAAAAAAAAAAGAAAAUAAUAGAGCCAAAAACACAAUAUAAAUCACUAGCUCCUCCUUUAUUUUCUUCAGUUACAACAUUGAAUCGAAAAGUCUCUCCUCCUUUCCACAUUCUAGCUGAGCUCUCUGUCUCCCAGGGCAUAAAGCAAACUCUGCUAAUUGAAUCUUUUCGGUACCUGUUGGUCAGUGCCAUACCCUCCUGACAGUCUGGAAGUGGUUUGCAACUCGGUUUUACUCUAUUAUCCUGAGAAGCAAAUGGACAAUUCUAAUGGCGUCUUGUGGGUCCAGUGUAACUCAAAGCGGUCCCUGCUACCCAGGAGCCUGGGUAGAGGUGGUGCGGUCUGGGUUGUGAGUGUGGUGCUCUCUGUAUCUGUGAUGCCACUAACAGGGAUUGUUUUGUUUUGUUUUGAUAAGGCAUAAAAGAAUCUCAUUCCUUGACAUCAACUGUAAUUCCAUCAUUCCAUGUCUGUGGAUACAGACAAUAAAAAAAAAAAAGUUGUGUAGUCAGUAGUAAUUACUGACAUGAGCGCAUUCUCAAAUGCAAUAAAAAUGCUGGUUGUUCACACUG